AUGUAUGUCGCCGUGUUCGUUUGCCUGUCGGUGAAAGCGGUUCACGUCGAAAUCGUCCCCGACUUGUCGUCCGCCGCAUGCAUUAAUGCGAUAAAACGGUUUGUUGCUCGACGUGGACGGUUAAUCGAGCUCCGGUGCGACAAUGCAACAGCUUUCGUCGGGGCCGAUCGCGAGAUGCGUGAACUUCAACACCGUUACAGGCAGCAGUUCCAAACCGAUAAAUGGGAGAGAUACUGCCUCGACUCUGGAAUCACCUUUAACUUUAUCCCAGCUCGGUCACCACACUUCGGGGGGUUGUGGGAGGCUGGGGUUAAAUCUUUCAAGCAUCAUUUUCGACGGAUUUUUGGAAAUUCGUCAUAUACGAUAGACGAGCUAACAACUGCUGCCACUCACAUCGAAAGCAUCCUCAACUCCCGGCCUCUCACUCCCCUUACAGACCACCCCAACGACCUCUCCGUAUUGACGCCCGGCCAUUUUCUCAUAGGGGAACCGAUGUUUUCCAUUCUCGAGCCCGAUGAGUCCAACGUCACUAUAACCAAAACGUCUCGUUUGCAGGAAAUGCGUCGUGCUGUUCAAAACUUCUGGAAAUGCUGGUCCAGAGACUAUCUGACCCGCUUACACCAGCGCUCGAAGUGGAGGUCGUUCUUCUCAAACAGCCCAACUUUCCUCCAUUCACAUGGCCUCUUGGGAAGAUCAUCGAAGCUGUCGUCGGAUCUGAUGGAUUGGUACGCGUUGUCCUUGUGUGAACCAGUCGUGGUCUCUUCAAGCGAGCAAUCACAGAAGUGA